AGCAUAGACGGCGAGCGUCCGAAAGAUUUGAGUGUGGCAAGAGCCUAGCCGACCGGCCCCGCUUUGACCAAGUUUGCGCAAUGGUCCACUGACGUACACCGCUCAACUUCAAUGCAACCUCGGACACCGGACAUCGGUCUGAAGCGCGUCGAUUACCCAUGCGUCAAGGACCGAGACGAUCGGGGUGAAUUCGGGAGCCAUCCCGCGAUCGGCGCGAUCUAUCAAGGCGCAGGCACCGAUCUUUGUUUGCCACCUUUGUGCUCAAGCCCUCUCAGCCACAGGAGGUCAUUCAGAGAGCGGGAUUCUCACCAGGACCAAUCGCGAUGUAAGCGUGACUGGCUUCGCCAUUGCGACGCAGCAUGCGCCGUACUCCGCGACGCUCGUGCCGUCGUGGUCACACCCUUGUCCGUCCGUCGGUCGCACUGCGACUUCCAAACAGGAAGUUCCAGCGAGCUGCAUGUGAGUCAGCGGGAAAGCGCGCACGCCGUCAACAAGCUUCAUCCCCGUAUUCUUGGUGUACCGCACAGAAUGCAACAUAAUUUGUUUUUACCAAUCAGAGACAACGUCAGCCAUUAUUAUCCGCUAGGACCACAUAAGGGUGGCAGAGCCCGCUGCCGGCUGUGACGCCGUCCCCUCCCUUCCACCAGGGCAGAAAGAUGGAGCUACUCGUCUUUGCCACACUCGGCGUCGUAGUCACCGCCAUCGUCGCGUUAAUUAUUCAUGCCCGCCAGCGAUCUCCCACCACCACAGAAACCGACAGCAGCGACGACGAAACGUCUGGAGGGCUUAGCAUAAACGUCGUGGCCGAUCAUGACGAGAAGGACUCGCUUCUGCCCAAGUUUACCGGCCUACUACGCUCGCCAUGGCACGGCAGCGCCGCUGAACAGAAGAAACAGCCCAAGAUGAAGCGCUUGGCCCGGAAAGGGUCGCGCUCCAUGCCGUUGACAGUGUCGCUACCUCUUCGUAAGAAGAGGAAACCUACUGAAGUUCCUGUCAAGAAGAUUCAUGUGCCAUAUUUCUUCCCACUGUUGGAUGAGACCGCAGAAUGGUGGCAAGCGCAGCAGUCUACCUCGGACGAGCCUCAACCCACGCCGGAGCAGGAACCUGGAACAAAUUUAGAGAGCCACAAAGGUGAGGGCGAAUUGUCUUCCAGCAAUCAGAGCAAAGCGGAUGCGAAGAUAGUUGCUGCGCCCGCCAAGAAAUUGCUACAGGCGGAUCGAGCGCAUUACUCUACCGUAGUUAAGUUGGCAACAACACCUAUCCAGGUUGGAGCUAAGUAACGAAUGCAACAGCGAUAGAUAGCGCGAAAGUCGACCUGUGUAGAAAGAUAAACAAUAAGUACGCUAGAUUCUGUAAUGCUUCUUGUAAUUCUC